AUGAGUGUUGCACGGGUGUAUCGAGAUGUGAACGUCAUUCGACCAGUUUCGUACUGGGAUUACUCGUCGCUCGUCAUUGCCUGGGGGAAGUCGAGCAAUUAUUCCGUGAUUGAGAAAGUGGGGAGAGGCAAGUAUAGCGAUUGCUAUCGUGGAAUGUGUCUCACAAACGGGAGAGAAUGCUGCGUUAAAGUAAUAAAGCCCAUACGGAUGAAGAAAAUCCAACGAGAGGUGAAGAUUCUCCAAAAUUUGUAUGGUGGUCCGCACAUAAUUCCGCUGUACGAUGUGGUUCGAAAUGAAAAAACUCAGAUUCCAGCGUACAUUUUUCCUUAUGUCCAUGGCGUUGAUUAUCGAACUCACUUUACCAAGUUCUCUCUCUUUGAGAUCAAAUGCAUUCUUUUCCAGCUUUUCGAAGCGCUCGAUUACGCGCACAUGAACGGGAUUUUCCACCGCGACGUGAAGCCUCAGAACAUCGUCUUUCAGUACGCGUCUUCUCCCGCAGCGAACGGAGAUGAUGGCUCCAUCGUCGACGACAAGGCUCCGCACGAGCAGCCGCGCAACUACCCGGAGAUCUGGCUGCUGGACUGGGGUUUGGCGGAGUUCUACUACCCUGGGAAGGAGUUCAACGUGCAUGUCGCGUCUCGCUACUACAAGCCUCCAGAACUGCUUAUCAACAUGCAAGACUACGAUUACUCGCUGGAUAUGUUCUCGGCAGGGUGUCUCCUGGGCGCAUUGCUGUUCGGUCGCGAACCUCUCUUCAAAGGCGCAGACGACAAAGAUCAGCUGCUCAAAAUCUGCAAAGUGCUGGGCACGGAAGAUCUGCGGCAGUACUGCGACCGCUACGGUCUGGACAUGCCGGUGAUGUACAACGGUCCGAUUCCGGAUUAUCCGCGGCAACCGUGGUCCGUUUUCUUCACCGCGGAGAAUCGGGAGAAAUGCACGGCCGAUGCGCUGGACUUGCUGACGAGCUUGCUGCAGUAUGAUCAUCAGAAGCGGCCGACAGCGAAGGAGGCGAUGGCGCAUCCGUUUUUUGAUGAGGUUCGGAAAUUGGUGAGCAGCAAUACGCGGAUGAAAUUCGGCGAUUGGACGAAGCUGUUCGAGUUCAAGCUGAAAUUGGUGGCGCAGACGAAGUCGGAGGAGUGUUUGAACCUGCCGCUGCUGGAGACCAUGCGCUUCGCCGUGCUGCACAGCCGCGUGGAGGUGGCGGACGCGAUGGCGAGCGCGUUCAAGGUCCCUGCGAAGCGGUACUGGCGGAUGAAGGUGAGAGCGCUGGCGGAUUCGGAGAACUGGGACUUGCUGACCGUGCUGGGAGAGAAGAAAAGCCCGAUCGGGUACGCGCCGUUCGUGGAGGCGUGCAUGGUGAACCACAACGCGAGAGAGGCAGCGGCGUUCCUGGAGAAGAUGAGCGAUGCCAGGGAACGGCUGGAGUGCGCGAUGAAGUGGAGGCUGUUCGAGGGAGCCAUCCAGGCGGCCACCAAGCUAAGAGAUGUGGGAGCACUCAUGAAGGUGAUUGAUGACUCGGCGAAUGAGAGUAUUAAGUCGCAGGCCAAGCAGGCCAUUGCGUUGAUUGAGGGACGAUAACGAAGAAGAAGAAGAAGAAGAAGAAGAGAGAGAUUCUGUAGU